AUGACCUCCAGAUUGGACCGCCUGGUCACAAUCUUGGAGACGGGCAGUACGCGUCUCAUUCGCGAAACUGCCGUGAGCCAACUUGCAGACUGGCAAAAACAGCACCCCGACGAGCUCUUCAACCUUCUGUCCCGUGUUGUUCCUUACCUACGACACAAGGAUUGGGAGACGAGGAGUACGUCAGCCAAAGCCAUCGGCAAGAUCAUCGAGAAUGCGCCACUCUAUGAGCCAAAUGCUCAAGAGCCGCCCGAACAGAAGGACGAAGAGCCCGGCGAGGCCAAGAAGGAAGAACCUGCGACUCAAGAUGGGCCAGUGAAGAAGGAAGAGGAGGACCAGGCCGCUCCUCUUCCCACCAGCGAUGACGUCUUCACACUGGAAUCAUUGGACGUUGACAUGGUCCUCAACUACGGCCGCGAACUUCUGCGAGGCGGCAACCUCGAGUACGGCCUUGCCUCGCUGGAUCCGCAGGAGCGUUUAGCACACCAAAAAAAGACACUCAAGGGCCGUUUGGGACUCUUGGGCCGCAAGUUUGAGGACGACGAGAUCCCCGUCAGCAUCGCCCCAUCUGUCACCCCACUAGCUUCCGUGGAUUCCAGUAAUGGCAACGGCUUGAACCACACCGAUAGCAUCUCUGGUGCCCAGCCGUCCGAGGAGGCUCAGCUGAGCUCCCGGCAGCUCAAUGUACUAAAGAGGAAACGAAAGAGGGAGGCUAUGAAGGCAUCGCAGGGAAAGAGUGGAUUCGGAGACCUGUCCUUCAGGCGAUCUACAACAGCAGGCUCAGAAGGUGUCGGUGCCGGCAGUGAUGACGCACUACCCACGGAAUCCGACUCCAAGAAGAACAGCAAAGUCAACGAAUAUUUCAACCUGGACCGCCCUUCCGACCUGGACGAGGAUUCCAAGGUUGUCAGCGAGUUCAAGGGCGCUGCUAUUCCCAUAAAAUCCGAAAUCGAGGUCGACGACUCUGAUGAGGGCGCCGAAUGGCCGUACGAGCGACUCUGCGACUUUCUCAAGGUCGACCUCGUUGAUCCUUCUUGGGAGACACGCCACGGCGCUGCCAUGGGCCUUCGUGAGCUGAUUCGAGUGCACGGUGGUGCCGCCGGCACUAAAGCAAACAAGUCGAGGGCCGAGAACGAGGAGCUAAAUCGCAUUUGGUUGGACGACCUGGCAUGCCGCCUCUGCUGCGUGCUUAUGCUUGACCGUUUUACCGAUUACAGUUCAGAUACCUCUGUGGCUCCUAUUAGGGAGACCAUCGGCCAGUCUCUCGGAUCUGCCCUGAAACACCUGUCCCCCGGGUCCGUCCACAAGGUCUUUCGGGUGCUCUAUCGAAUGGUCAUGCAGGAUGACCUCACCCUUGAGCGACCGGUGUGGGCUGUUGGACACGGCGGCAUGGUGGGGCUCAGGUACGUCGUCGCUGUUCGAAAGGACCUUCUCCUCGAGGACAACGACAUGAUUGACGGCGUGGUCCGAGCCGUCAUGAAGGGCCUGGGCGACUUCGAUGAUGAUGUCCGCUCCGUCAGUGCCGCUACCCUUAUCCCCAUGGCCAGGGAGUUUGUCACUCUGCGUCCCGGGUCCCUAGAGGGACUCAUCAACAUUGUGUGGGAGAGCCUUUCCAAUCUCGGGGAUGAUCUGAGCGCCAGUACCGGUCGCAUCAUGGACCUCCUAGCCACCCUCUGCAGCUUCCCCGAGGUUCUGGAAGCCAUGAAGACCAGUGCAGCCCAGGAUGAGGAGCGCUCCUUCACCCUCUUGGUUCCUCGCCUAUAUCCGUUCCUCCGCCACACCAUUACCUCGGUGCGUCUGGCUGUGCUCAAGGCUCUGUCGACCUUUGCCAAGUUGGAUGGAACCACCUCGCAGGGAUGGCUCAAUGGCAGGAUAUUGCGACUUGUUUUCCAGAACAUCUUGGUCGAAAGGGACAAGGAAACGCUCUCUGCAUCCCUCGAGCUCUGGAAGGCUCUCGUCCAGAGCUUGGCUAAGGACCCCGCCGUCCUGGCAGAUGAGUUUUCGCCUCACGUCGAGGCCAUGAUGCAGCUGACGCUGCAUCCCAUCGGCACAUCACGAAACCCCAUCCCGAUGAAUGCUUCCCUCUUCCAGAAGCCGUCAGGCGGAACCUAUUCGAUUCCAGGUGCCGUCCAGCCCACACCGCGGAAGGGAACCUCCCCCGAUGGCUCGGAGAACAGAGCGACCAAGCGACGUCGCAGGUCUACCAAGGUGGAAGAUACGCCGACCACUAGCCUCACGCAUGACGUUGAUGGGCACAUGCUGCAAGGUGACGUUGACUUGGUCGGCAUGGACGUCCUGAUCCGCUCACGCGUCUCGGCCGCUAAGGCGAUGGGAUUCAUCAUGUCCCGCCUGCCGAGUGAUAGUCUUAACGCAUACGAUGACGUGCUCGUGCCUGGAUUCACCUCGCCCUUUUCCUCCUCACAACUGGCCGCCUGCGCCGUCGCCGAUGAACACGCCAAGCAGUCCGACGACGACGACAAGCCCUCGAGAUACCUCAGCCACCUCCAGGCCAUGGUGGAAGGAGACCGCCCGUCGGCGUACAGGGAUCUAGUCAACUAUGUUCAACGCGUGAGGACUCAGUGCCAGCAGCUCAUCCACCUUUUCCGCGACCACGGAAAAGUCUCGCAGCACAGGUUGCCUAUUCUCCCUGUCAUCGUGCAAGGGGAACCUGAGGCUGGCCCCAACGCCUUUUCUAUUGCCACAGCUGAGAAGUGCGUCAGCGACGACUACGAAAAGCUACGCAAGGCUAUGCCUCCCGGUCAACGCCUGAUCGCCACCCAACAACUUGUGGAAGCCCGCAAUGUGGCAAACGAUGUCAUAUCCGAGGCCAAGGCGAUCAAGGACGUGCGGGACAUCAGGGUCAAGGCUGGUGCCGCGUGUGCCAUGGUGUCGAUGAAGCAGCUGCCUAAGAAGCCGAGCCCGCUCAUCAAGAGCAUCAUGGAUUCCAUCAAGUUGGAGGAGAACCAGGAGCUUCAGGCUCGCUCCGCCGAGACCAUUGCCAAGCUUGUGCAGCUAUUCACCCUAGGAGGACGACGUGGCCCCGCCGACAAGGUGGUGGCGAACCUCGUCAAGUUCUCCUGCGUCGAGGUGGCGGAGACGCCCGAGUUCCCCGUCCACGCCCUCAAGACGGAUUGCAUCCUGUCGAUGCAGAAGGAAGAGGACCGGGUCGAUCACGCAGACGUAGUCAAGUGGGCCAAGGAAUCCAAGGCCGCGCGUGUCACGAGGAGGGGUGCUAAGGAGGCGCUGGAGAUUCUGUCGCGAACCUACGGCGCAAGCCUCCUGGAAACGGUCCCCAAGCUCCAAGCUUUCAUGGAAGAGCCCCUGACGAUAGCCUUUGGCGGUGACGACCUGCCAAACGAGGCCAAGGAUCCCGAGCAGACGUUUGGACAGGAGAUCGUCGAUGCUAUGUCUGUCAUCCGGACCAUGACGCCUACGUUGGACCCUGCGCUUUAUCCGUUUGUCAUGCGCAUGCUGCCGCUCGUCAUCAAAGCUCUCCACUCGGAGCUCUCCGUCUUCCGAUACAUGGCUGCCAAGUGUCUGGCCACCAUCUGCAGCGUCAUCACCGUGGAGGGCAUGACUGCUCUGGUUGAGAAGGUACUUCCUUCGAUUGGGAACCCGGUCGAUCUCAACUACCGCCAGGGCGUGAUUGAGUCCAUCUACCAUCUCAUCUCGGUCAUGGGCGACCGUAUCCUCCCCUACGUCAUCUUCCUCAUCGUCCCAGUCCUCGGCCGUAUGAGCGACUCGGACAAUGACAUUCGUCUCAUCGCCACGACGUCCUUUGCCACCCUUGUCAAGCUGGUGCCUCUCGAAGCCGGUAUUCCCGACCCGCCUGGCCUCUCGGAAGAGCUCCUGCAGGGACGUGACAGGGAGCGCAACUUCAUCGGCCAGCUGCUUGACCCCAAGAAGAUUGAGGAGUUCAAGAUCCCUGUCGCUAUCAAGGCCGAGCUGCGAUCGUAUCAGCAGGAGGGUGUCAACUGGCUCCACUUCCUCAACAAGUACCACCUGCACGGAAUCCUCUGCGACGACAUGGGCCUGGGAAAGACCCUGCAGACCAUCUGCAUCGUGGCAAGCGACCAUCACGAGCGGGCGGAGCAAUUUGCCAAGACGAAGGCGCCUGACGUUCGCAGGCUAGCAUCCCUGAUCGUGUGCCCGCCUACGCUGUCCGGCCACUGGCAGCAGGAGGUGCAGGCGUACGCCCCGUUCCUCAGCGUGACGGCCUAUGUUGGGCCGCCAGCCGAGCGCAAGGCUAUGAGAGACAAGCUGGGGCAGACGGACAUUGUCGUGACAUCGUACGACGUGUGCCGCAACGACGCAGAGAUUCUGGAGAAGCACAACUGGAACUACAUUGUGCUGGACGAGGGCCACCUGAUCAAGAACCCAAAGGCCAAGAUUUCCCAGGCCGUCAAACGGUUGGCUAGUAACCACCGGCUCAUCCUCACAGGAACGCCCAUCCAGAAUAACGUCCUGGAGCUGUGGUCGCUGUUUGAUUUUUUGAUGCCCGGAUUCUUGGGAGCUGAAAAGGUGUUCCUGGACCGCUUUGCGAAGCCUAUCGCGGCUAGCCGCUUCAGCAAAGCUUCGUCCAAGGAGCAGGAGGCCGGUGCCAUUGCCAUCGAGGCUCUGCACAAGCAGGUGCUUCCCUUCCUGCUGCGCCGUCUGAAGGAAGAAGUGCUCAACGACCUGCCGCCCAAGAUCCUGCAGAACUACUACUGCGACCUGAGCGACCUGCAGAAGAAGUUGUUUGAGGACUUCACCAAGAAGCAGGGCAGGAAGAUUCAGGACGAGGCAGGCCGCGAGGAUAAGGAAUCCAAGCAGCACAUCUUCCAGGCGCUACAGUACAUGCGGAAGCUGUGCAACUCACCGGCACUCGUCAUGAAGCCAGACAAUAGCCUGUACGCGGACACGCAGCGCAUCCUCCAGAAGCAAGGGUCCUCGAUCGAGGAUGUGUCGCACGCGCCCAAGCUCACGGCGCUCAAGGACCUCCUCGUCGACUGCGGCAUCGGGGUGGAGGGUGGCGACUCCAACGACCCUCUGUACCAGCCCAUCAAGCCCCACCGCGCGCUCAUCUUCUGUCAGAUGAAGGAGAUGCUGGACAUGGUUCAGAACAAGGUGUUUAAGGAGCUGCUCCCGUCGGUGUCUCACCUCCGGCUAGACGGGUCGGUCGAGGCCAACAAGCGACAGGACAUUGUCAACAAGUUCAACAGCGACCCGUCGUACGACGUGCUGCUUCUGACGACGAGUGUCGGUGGUCUGGGCCUCAACCUGACGGGAGCCGACACGGUCAUAUUCGUGGAGCAUGACUGGAACCCACAGCGAGACCUCCAGGCCAUGGACCGCGCACACCGCAUCGGACAGAAGAAGGUGGUGAACGUAUACCGGCUGAUUACGCGCGGUACGCUGGAGGAGAAGAUUCUCAACUUGCAGCGCUUCAAGAUUGAUGUGGCGUCGACGGUAGUCAACCAGCAGAACGCGGGCCUGUCGACCAUGGACACGGACCAGAUCCUGGACCUCUUCAGUCUAGGCGACUCGGGCCCCAGCCUCAUAUCGGACAAGCCCAAUAAUGGUGGGGGCGACGGUAUUGAGGGCCGCGAGGAGGACAUGGUGGACCUGGAGACGGGAGACGUGCUGCGGCAGCCCAACAAGAAGCCGUGGUUGGACGACCUGGGUGAGCUCUGGGAUAAUAAGCAGUACGAGGAGAGCUUUGACUUGGACGACUUUAUGAAGACGAUUUCCUGA